GCGGUCACGGGCCAGCUUCAGCAGCAGCAAGUUCUUCCGCAACAGCAGAUGGUGCAGAAUCCUGCUUUGCAAGGGCAGAUGCAGCCGCAGCAGUGGGUGCAAGCAUCGCCGAACCAGCCGGGCCCGAUUUCGCCGAACCAGCCGAUGCAGUACUACCAGCAGCCGAUCUCCCCCAACAC